AUGGCUGACAUUGCCACCAAAGAAACAAAGAAUGAAGAGAUGAAGAAGAAUAAUCGAAUUCAAGUGUCCAAUACCAAGAAACCACUUUUCUUCUAUGUCAAUCUUGCAAAGAGGUACUUACAGCAACAUAAAGAGAUUGAGCUUUCAGCAUUGGGCAUGGCUAUCACUACAGUUGUAACAAUAUCUGAAAUUCUUAAGAAUAACGGAUUUGUCAAGGAGAAAAGCAUUUUGACAUCCACGGUUGGAACUAAAGAUUCAACCAAAGGACGCACGGUUCAUAAAGCUAGGAUCGAAAUUGUUCUCGAGAAGUCUGAAAAAUUCGACUCCCUAAUGGCUACAACACAGAAUGCAAAUGCAAAUGCAAACGCAAAUGGCAAAGCCAAUGGUGAAGUUAAAAAGUAG